GAAGGUGAAGAUGAAGAUUUGAAGCCUGAAGAAUCUGUUGUCAGUAUUGAACUGUGGGAUUUUGCUGGACAACACCUGUAUUAUGCAUCCCAUCCUGUAUUUUUAUCAUCGCGUGCGCUGUACAUCUUGGUGUGCAACCUCAGCAAGUCAUUGCAUGACACUGCUAAACCCAGUGUGAGACAAGAAUCUCGUAAUGUUGAUUUGGAAAACCCAAAUGGAGAAACAAAUCUUGAAAACUUGUUGUCCUGGCUGUCCACAGUGCAUAGCGUCGCACAGAUGAAAAGAGAAACCUGUGAUGAUGUAGAAGAAAAGAUGCCUCAUUUGCGCCCCCCAGUGAUCAUUGUAGGAACCCAUGCAGACAAACCAUUUGAGGACAUUGAAACAAUGAAAUCAGAAAUCAACAAGGCAAUCGCUGGUAAGGACUAUGAAGGACAUGUGGUGCGGUCUAUCUUCAGCAUUGACAACACUGCAAAAUUAACUCAA